UGCUCCGCGGGGGGCGUGGCCAAGCCAGUCCAAGAGGUGUUUCUUUUUUCUUUCCCCAUGGCGGCGGCGGCUCAGUCCGAAGGCGACCCGGAGGCUUCUGGAGGGAAGCGGCGUUCACACGGGAUGCUCAAGCUCUACUACGGGCUGCCGGACCCGGCGGGCGAGGCUUUGGCCGACCCGUCCAGGGGCGACCUGGGCGGCCCCAUUGACAUCAACGGGCCCCACUUCGACCCGGAAGCCUACCUCACCAAGCUGCGGAAGGAAUGCCCCUUGGCUCAUCUGAUGGACUGUGAGACAGACAUGGUGAAGCAGAUCCGAGCGCUGGAUAGCGACAUGCAGACCUUGGUCUAUGAGAAUUACAACAAGUUCAUCUCUGCCACAGAUACAAUCCGCAAGAUGAAGAACGACUUCAAGAAGAUGGAAGACGAGAUGGAUUGCCUGGCCGCCAACAUGGCCGUGAUCACCAAGUUCAGCGCCAGCAUCAGUGGGACCCUGCAGGAUCAGCAUGAGCAGAUCACCAAGCUGUCAGGUGUCCAUGCGCUUCUGCGCAAGCUGCAGUUCCUCUUUGAGCUUCCGGCCCGCCUGACCAAGUGUGUGGAGCUGGCGGCCUACGGGCAGGCGGUCCGGUACUACAGCAAAGCCCGCUGCAUCCUCCACCAGUACCAGCACAUGCCCUCCUUCCGGGGCAUCCAGGACGACUGUCAGAAGAUCAUGGCCGACCUCGCUCAGAAGCUGCGGGAGAAGUUCCGAGACGGAGGCUCUGGGGCUAAGGACUUAGCCGAAUGCGUGGAACUGCUGCUCCAGUUGGGGGAGCCGGCAGAAGAGCUGUGCGAUGAAUUCCUCUCCCACGCCCACUGCCAGCUGGAGGCCGAACUGCAGACCCUGGAAGCUGAGCUGGGAGACGGGUCGCGCUUAGGGGCGGCCGGCCCAGUGACCGACAUCCUCGAAUUCACAGACCGCGGUUGCAACAACUUUGUCAGCAACAUCUGCCUGGUGAUCGCCUCCUACCAGGAGCUGUUCAUACACCGGGAGGGCGCCCAGGGCAUUGCCCGCAUGGCUCACGACAAGCUGGUGGCCUUCGUUGACAGCCUGAUGGAGCGCUACUUCGCCCUGGUCGAGAGGCGCAUUCAGCUUGAGAAAGGGGUGGGAGACAACUCCCUGCUGGUGCGGGCACUCGACCGCUUUCACCGGCGUCUGCAAGCCCUGGCCAAGCUUUUGCCGGCCUCGCGGGCGUCUGCCGAAGGGACGGAAAUUGUGGUGCGCGCGGCCAAGGAGCGCAUCCGGCAAUACCUCCAGGCCUUAGAAAGCUUCUACCUGGACUGCCUGACGGACGUGCGCCAGUCCCUGGCUGCCCCUCGCCUGGUGGGGAAGGAUAACCCCAGCCUGGCAGAGCUGCUGGGCACCAUCUCGGCCUCCAUCCUCAACCAGAUCAAAUCUGUCCUCACCUACGUUCACCUCUUCACCGCCAAGGACAUCAACUUCUCCAACAAGUCUUACUUCAAGGGCGAAUUUUGCAGCCAAGGUGUCCGCGAAGGCCUCGUGGUCAGCUUCAUUAAGUCUCUCUGCCAGAUUGCUCGGCAAUUCUGCGAGAGUUCGGGCGACAAAGGAGGCUCCAGCCCCCCAGCUCUCUUGCUGCUCCUCUCCCGCCUCUGCCUGGAUUACGAGACGGCCACCAUCAGCUACAUCCUCACCUUAACCGAUGAGCAGUUCCUGGUACAGGACCAUUCCCCUGUGACGCCGGUCACCGUGCUGUGCGCCGAGGCCAGGGAGGCUGCCCAGAAGCUGCUCAACCAUUACGUGAAGGUCCAGGGGCUGAUCAUCUCCCAGAUGUUGCGCAAGAGCGUGGAGACGCGGGACUGGAUCUCCACCAUCGAGCCGCGCAACGUCCGUGCCGUCAUGAAGAGGGUGGUGGAAGACGCUACCUCAAUCGACGUGCAGGUGGGGCUGCUCUACGAGGAAGGGGUGCGGAAAGCUCAGAGCAGCGAUUCCAGCAAACGAACGUUUUCCGUGUCUAGACAGCAGAGCCGCUACGCGCCCAGCUACACUCCCAGCGCCCCCAUGGAUACCAAUUUGCUGAGCAACAUCCAGAAGCUUUUCUCAGAGCGGAUUGAUAUCUUCAGCCCUGUGGAGUUUAACAAGGUCUCCGUGCUGACGGGCAUCAUCAAGAUCAGCCUGAAGACCUUUCUGGAGUGCGUCCGCCUGCGUACCUUCGGACGCUUUGGCCUGCAACAGAUCCAGGUGGACUGCUACUACCUGCAGCUCUACCUCUGGCGCUUUGUUUCGGAUGAGAACCUGGUGCAUUUUUUGCUGGACGAAAUCGUGGGCAGCACGGCUCACCGGUGCCUUGACCCCGUGCCCAUGGAGCAGAGCGUGAUUGAGGUCAUCUGUGAACGUGGGUAGAGAGCGGAGAGUGGAAUAAUAAGAGUGGGUCCUUCAUUUGGACCAUCCAGGGAACAGGAGUUUCUCCAGCUGGGGAACUUUUUAAGAGGUGUGUGUCAAGUUUCCGAAAGAUGCCCUAAUUGAUUCAUGAGUCUCGAGCCAAGUUUCAAAAGAAAACCAGUCAUUUAUUGGGAGCACCAUUUGGUAAGGCCUUUUUGCAGUCAGAUCCGAGCCUCAUUUGAAUCAGAGCUGAACUUUACCCCUUUUCCUUCCCUCCCCUCAGUCUGUAUCAUAAAUCACAUCCUCCAAGGAGGUGCACCCCUCCCAAGUCUGCUGCGGUAAUCUGAAUGUAUGCGUGGAAUGCGCUCCCCCCCCCUUUCCUCACCAUGGCAACGUUAUGAGUUAAACAACGUGGACUUCAACUCCCAGAAUUCCCUGGCUGGGAAAUUCUGGGAGUUGAAGUCCAUGCCUCCCAAAAUCUCUAAUCUUAAAAUUCCCAACUCUAUUCUGCAAAGGAGGUUGAAAACCUCUAAAGAGGAAACAUUUCUCUUUCUUACUGUUAACGCAAAGCGAUGGAGGGAAAAUUGGGUCAUCGAUCCCCCUCCCCCGUGGAUGGGCACUGCAACUUGAAACUUCGACGGUGGACAAAUUCUGAUGAAAUAAAGAGUAAUUUAAUUCUC